AUGAACAUCCUAUUUGCUUUAAGUUUAUCUAUAGCACUUGUUAUUCACUCAAGACGUAAAAAGUCACUAAGUGUGGAUGGAGCAGCAGCAGCAUUUAUACUGGGCAUGGUUACUUUUUCCUCGUCCUUUUGGGUUUUCACAGUGAUUUUGAUGACCUUCUUUUUGAGUAGUUCGAAAUUAACUAAAUUUAAGGCAGAACGAAAAAAGAUGUUGGAAGCAGAGUAUGAAGCCUCCAGUGAACGUAAUGCAAUUCAAGUUCUGUGUAAUGGCUUAGCUGGAGGAAUUGCAGUCUUUUUGUUCCAGUUAUUUUGCAACAACAAAUCUACUACUAAUGAUAUCUGUUUUGAUCAUACACGGUUAAGUGUUGUCUUAUUAUGGGCCUAUGUUGGGCAUUAUGGAUGUUGUGCAGGUGAUACUUGGGCAAGUGAGUUGGGUAUUUUAAAUAAAGAAUGGCCCAUUUUGAUUACACGUAUGAAAAAAGUACCACCAGGCACAAAUGGUGGCGUGUCUGGACUUGGAUUAGCAGCUUCCCUUGCUGGAGGAGCUUUAGUAGGGUUAUCGGGAGCAUUCACGUUAGCACUGGAGCAGCCCUGUCAUGGCUUUGCAUGGGAAUUGAUUGUAUUAGGUUCAUUCGCUGGCUUAGGAGGUUCUUUGAUUGAUUCUUUAUUGGGCGCAACAGUUCAACAAAGUUUAUAUUCUGAAGACAGGAAAAAGAUUGUGCCUGAAAAAGUUAAAGAAGAUGAAAAUAUUAAAGUUAUUAGUGGUAUACCCUUAUUAGAUAAUCAUCAAGUUAACAUUCUAUCCUCAUUUAUCAUGACGUUUAUUUGUGGAUGGAUUGCAUUUUAUCUUUAUCCUUAA